AGCCCGUUUUGGCUCGAGCAGCUGCUGCUUCACCUCUUCCGUCGACCGAAGUCCGUCCAGACCUCCGCGCCCGUGGCAGCGAUGGCCGCCCGCCGCGCCCUGAGUCUGCUGGCCCUGGCCUCGGCCGGCGCUGCUCUGCAGGUGCAGGAGGGCAUACAGCACAACCUGACCGUGUGCAACGCCUACGCGGAGAGCAAGCCCCUGAGCGUCUACACGGUCAACCAGAAGGCGAAGCUCACGGAGGAGCCCCUGCCAUACAAGGCGUGCAAGGAGCUCGUCCUCGAGCUGGCGGAUAGCGAGCGCAUCGACUUCCGCCUCGGGGGCCUCAGCGUCGGCACGUUCCACGUCGGCAACCUCCCGUUUGCCCCCACGUCGCUGCUGCUGGUCCCCUAUCGCAGGGGCAACGGCACCAUGGCGGCGACGUUCUACUCCCACGCGUUCUCGGUCGCGCAGGAGAGCUCGCAGCUCGCGGUCGUCGAUGCCUACGACGGCAGCUCGCCCGGCAGCCUGAAGAUCGCGCGGGGCAGCGGGAGGCACGGCAGGGAGUCGGCAGCGCUGAAGCCCGGGGCGGCCGUGAGCCUUGCCCCGGGGGCGUAUGAGGUCAGCCUGGAAGACCCAGACAGCAAGAGCGUGAAAACCGUCGCGCUGUCGGCUGGCGACGGCGGCAAGCACGUCGCCAUGCGCGUGGGCGGCAGCGACGGCCUUCCCCAGGAGCUGGUGCUCUUCUCCGCGGGCGAACGCUCCGAGCGCAGCGGCGUUCGCCGUGCCAGCGCCGCCCUCCUCGCGGCGGCGGCGGUGUGCGCCGCGCUGCUGGCGUGAGCCUCCGCCGCCUGGCCCUCCUCCCCCCGCCGCUUUCGUCCUGCCUCAUCGUGCCUCCCGCCUGCUCGCGCCUACCUCCUC